AAAUAUUAAGUAAGCAUGAAGUGUUUGUUGUUCUAUCUUGUGUUCUUAGAGCUUCUCUUGUUUAGUUAUGGACAAUCUAGUAAUCAUCAACCUCUUGCUCCAGCUUUCUUCGUCUUUGGAGAUUCCUUAGUUGAUUGUGGAAACAACAACUACAUUCCCACACUUGCACGAGCUAACUAUCUCCCUUAUGGAAUUGAUUUUGGCUUCCCCACUGGCCGUUUCUGCAAUGGCCGUACAGUAGCUGAUUAUGGAGCAAUGUACCUCGGUUUGCCAUUGGUGCCACCAUUUUUAUCUCCUGUAUCAAUUGUGCAAAACGUCUUGAGAGGGCUUAACUAUGCAUCUGCAGCAGCUGGGAUCUUAGAAGAAACUGGCCAACAUUUUGGAGCAAGAACUUCAUUCAGUGGACAGAUAUCACAGUUUGAGAUGACCAUUGAGUUAAAGCUCCGGCCAUUCUUUCAAACCCCUGAAGAUCUGAGAAAGUAUCUAGCCAAAUCCAUAAUUGGGAUCAAUAUAGGAAGCAAUGAUUACAUCAACAAUUAUCUUAUGCCUGAUAGAUACUCAAGCAGCAAAAUCUACAGUGGAGAAGACUAUGCAAAUCUCCUUAUCAAGACUCUCUCAGCUCAAAUAUCAAGACUAUACAACUUAGGUGCAAGAAAAAUGGUGUUGGGUGGAACAGGACCAUUAGGUUGCAUACCGAGUCAGUUAUAUAUGGUAAACGGCAGCAACAACAACAACAGCAAGUGUGUGACAAAGAUCAAUAACUUGGUUUCAAUGUUUAAUAGCCGAUUGAAAGAUCUACCAAACACUCUCAACACUACUCUUCCAGGAUCUUUCUUUAUCUAUCAAAACAUCUAUGAUCUCUUCCAUGAUAUAGUUGUGAAUCCAUCUAAAUAUGGUCUUGUUAUACCAGACAAAGCAUGCUGCGGUAGUGGGAGAUAUGGUGGAGCCUUGACAUGCCUUCCUUUGCAGCAACCAUGCUUGGAUAGGAAUCAAUAUGUCUUUUGGGAUGCAUUUCAUCCAACAGAAUCUGCCAACAAAAUCAUAGCUGAAAAUACCUUCAGCAAUUCUGACAAAUACUCCCACCCUAUCAGUUUAUAUGAGUUGACUAAACUGUGA